AUGUCAAAAACUUUGUUAAUUCCGCUAGUUUCUACCGGAAACGUCCCCCAACUGACCAUUGACUUGGUGUUGCACUCGUUAGCCGAUGAAUUCCAAUUCGUAACGUCCCUAGAUUCCACCUACAUUCAUCCGUUCACUGGCCCCUUAGAUUAUGUAUAUGAACAGCAAAGACCCGUCCUUUUUACAUCUUCUCCAGAUAAGAGAUACUCCACUGGGUUGGAGCUAUUCUACAGUGACCAAUCAUCUUUGUACGUGCUGCAGCAACGGACUCCCAUAAUUCAAGGAUAUGUAAACAAUUUCAUCAAGGAAGUUAUAGUGCCAUUGGUGGUCGAAUACAAUAUAAGAGAAGUGGUAAUCGUUGAUUCAUUCGGCGUGCUUGACGAAGAUGUCAUGGCAACAGCUUCCGUAAGUUUCAGAACCAGCAGUAAUUUUUUUUCAGACGGAAUAUGUGAGGUAAGAUCGGUUGGUGAUAUGAUACAGAGGUUUCAAAGCGGCUUACAUUUAAAUGAGGAAUCGACAAAUGAAAUUUCCACUUCGCUCUUCACGUUCACGGCCAACAGUGUUCAGCAGGAGAUCUCCACUAAUCAGCAAAUUUUCAAAUUUGCAUAUCAUCUAUUGAAUGCAACUGCGCCCAAUUUAGAAAGCAUCAAAUAUUCCAGUGUUUUUGUACACGAAGGCGACAAUUCGGAGGAUGCCCAUUUAUUUUGUGACCACCUCCCGGAGAUAAUACAUUCAUUGACCAAAAUAUCAACUCUCACUCCACCCAUCUCUUGGAAGGGUGUUUAUGGUUCACGGCCCAUUCCAGCUUCUUUUGUAGACGGCAUAUACAUAUAA